AUGGGAUGCGGCGGGGAAAUGGCGCGGGGCGCGUGAUUUUGAACGAGCCCGGUCCGGCUCUCGGAGGCGCCGCCGCCGCCGCCGCCGCGGCUGCCGGAGACGGAGCGCGGGCCGACGAGGAAGCGGCGGCGGCAGCGGUUCCCGAUACUCAACUUCUAAUCGGUAGCUAUAUCAUGGAGGUGGUGUCAGCUGAGGUGAACAGCUUACUUCCAGAGGAGAUCAUGGACACUGGUAUCGCUCUAGUGGAAGAUGAUAGUAUUGAGGCUGUCAUUGUUUCAUCCCCUAUGGGAGAUUCAAUUCCCAUGGAAACAGAACUGGAAGAAAUUGUCAACAUAAGCACCACCAGUUUCUCCACAACUACAGUUAUUAUGCCCAGUGCUGCAGAACCUGUCACAGUGUCCAGCAACCAUACUAGCCAACUUCCAGCGAACACCACAGUUUCUAAAACUGAUCCCAACCCCACAGUGAUAUCUGCUUUUCCAGGUGGCCUUCCAAAACUCGGUGCUCAGACUCCCGUGACUGUGUCAGCCAAUCAGAUUAUUCUAAACAAAGUGUCACAGACAACUGAUCUUAAAUUCGGCAAUCCAGCUAUUAAGCAAGAUGGACAAAAAUUAAUUGUAACGACUUUGGGCAAGUCUGGCCAGCCAAUUGUUUUAGCACUGCCCCAUAAUCAACUACCCCAGACUCCGAAAACCACGUCUCAGACUCCGUUAGGAGACUCUAAAUUGCCAUCGCAGCAAAUCAAAGUAGUUACCAUUGGAGGGAGACCUGAGGUGAAACCUGUCAUUGGUGUCUCAGCUUUGACCCCAGGAAAUCAGCUGAUUAAUACUCCAUCACAGUCUUCUGUAUUACAGACCCAGCAAUUAAAAGCAGUGCAGAUUGCUAAGAAGACUCGAACACCAACUUCUGGUCCAGUAAUCACCAAGCUCAUCUUUGCAAAGCCACGUAAUAGUAAAGCAGUUACUGGACAGACAACUCAAGUAUCACCUGUCAUUGCAGGCAGGGUUCUCUCACAGUCUACUCCAGGGACUCCACCGAAAACAAUAACAAUCUCUGAAAGUGGUGUUAUUGGAUCCACUUUGAGUUCUACCACACAGACCCCAAAUAAAAUAGCCAUCUCACCUUUGAAGUCUCCAAAUAAGGCAGGGAAAUCAGCGGUACCGACCAUUGCUGUUGGAGGAGUGACUGCCCCGCAGUUUAAGACGAUCAUUCCACUGGCAACUGCUCCAAAUGUCCAGCAGAUUCAAGUGCCAGGAAGCAAAUUUCAUUAUGUCCGACUUGUUACUGCUACAACAGCCAACACCUCGAGCCAGCCAGCCACCCAGAACCCAACUACGAACACACAGCCUCUUCAGCCAGCAAAGCCGAUGGUGGUCAAUGCAACCCCAGUGCGAAUGUCUGUUCCGAUUGUCGCAGCACAGGCUGUCAAGCAGGUGGUUCCCAAACCUAUCAACUCAGCCUCCCAAAUAGUGACCACCAGCCAGCCACAACAACGGCUUAUUAUGCCAGCCACGCCCCUACCCCAGAUUCAGCCAAACCUCACUAAUCUUCCACCAGGCACUGUCCUGGCCCCAGCACCUGGAACAGGGAAUGUGGGAUAUGCAGUACUUCCAGCUCAGUAUGUCACUCAGCUACAGCAGUCUUCAUAUGUGUCUCUUGCAAGCAACACUGGCUUUUCUGGAACAUCAAGUAUCCAGACCCAAGCAAGGCUUCCAUUUAAUGGGAUAAUCCCAUCAGAGUCUGCAAAUCGUCCCAGAAAGCCAUGCAAUUGUACAAAAUCACUGUGCUUGAAAUUGUACUGUGAUUGCUUUGCAAAUGGUGAAUUCUGCAACAACUGCAAUUGUACAAAUUGUUACAACAACUUAGAGCAUGAAAAUGAAAGACAAAAAGCAAUAAAGGCAUGCCUUGAUAGAAAUCCAGAGGCCUUUAAACCAAAGAUAGGGAAAGGCAAGGAGGGGGAGUCCGAUCGACGGCACAGCAAAGGCUGCAACUGUAAACGGUCAGGAUGUCUUAAGAACUACUGCGAAUGCUAUGAGGCAAAAAUAAUGUGUUCCUCCAUCUGUAAGUGUAUUGGAUGCAAGAAUUUUGAAGAAAGUCCAGAACGAAAAACACUGAUGCACUUGGCAGAUGCUGCAGAAGUAAGGGUGCAACAGCAGACAGCAGCAAAAACAAAGCUAUCCUCGCAAAUUUCAGACCUGCUCACCAGACCAACCCCAACGUCGACAAGUGGCGGGGGAAAAUUACCAUUUACAUUCGUAACCAAGGAAGUGGCUGAAGCAACAUGCAGCUGUCUCCUUGCCCAAGCUGAGCAGGCAGAGAAGAAAGGAAAGUCCAAGGCAGCAGCAGAACGGAUGAUACUAGAAGAGUUUGGACGCUGUUUGAUGAGAAUCAUUCACUCGGCAGGAAAGGCCAAAAGUGAUCCUUGUACCAUGAAUUGUUAAUUCCUGCACAGAGACAGUAUAAAAAUGUUAAGGCACAGGGACACCUAGUUUUCUAGGAGAGUGAUACAAUAAUGCUUCUAUGUUAGUCCAGUGCUUGUUUGAAAAAUAUUUAGAAUGCAUAAUAUUGAAAGAAGACAUUUUAAAGUCACGUUAAAAGAAGGGGUUGUUUUAAGUAUUAAAUCUUAUUAGGGUAAAAUUUUCUUUGUGUUUGUACAGCUUUUAACUUGCUUGGGUUCUAUUGUUCAGAAUGACUGAAGAGCAUUUGUAAAUUAUUGUCUUAUCUUAUUUUCAGUGGAUAGCAUUGCAUUAUUUUGUUCAAAAUCUAAGAAAGCAAAACUGCUAUUGCUUAUGAGCAGAUGUCCGAACAGGCAUGAAAAGUUAGAGUAAAAAAGUGUUGAGAUAAUAUUCCUUAUUACGAUCAAAUUUUAAGGACUAUACUUUUCACUCUGGCUUGGUAGGGUGGGCUUGUGAGAGUCUGAGUCAUAAGGUUAAUAUCUAGAAGGGCAGCAUUUAAAUUGGAAAGUGUUAAUAUUUUAAAAAUAUUUUAAAAGCAAAAGAGUAAGAAGUUUCAGAGGAUGGACAGCAAGUACAUCUCCAUCAUAGGAGUGUUGUGGGAUUUCUCCAUUUCCCAUGACAAAGUGUUGGUUGGGUGGUAUCCUAGUUUAAUUAUCUUAAUUUCUUGGUAUUGAAGAGACAUUUGUGUGAGUUAAAUACUUUGUUUUAACAGAAAAAAAAUCAAAGUUCUCUGUAUUGAUCAUAGGAACUUGCUCUGGGAUCUAGGCAAAACUUGAUUACAUGAUGGUGAAGCAGUCGAAUAUGAGAAGGGCUGAGCUAGGCUGGAUUAGGCUAGUAUGGAACCAAUCCCAAGUGGGACAGAAACGAGCUCAGAGGGCCAUAUCACCAGGGAGGUAGCUGGAGGAAGGAGAGUUUCAUCGUAUCACGUUUCUUCUUUCCCUUUCCCCCUGCCACUCCCAGGCUUUGGUUUUGUCAUGGGAAAUGAGGUCAGAGUUUAAAAGAAAUUAUUUACACCUGAUAUGACCAACUGCCAGUUCCUUGCCAGUGUGGGGCCCAGGCCAUAUUGACUUUGCCUGAGCAGUAGGGUCUGCAUUAAAAAUUAACAAAAGGUUCCUGUCAGGCUCAAGCCAAGGGUGACUUAGGCUAGUAGGAUCAAACUCGUAAAACCUGCCCCCUAAAGAGCUCUCGCUUGGGUCGGUUUUCUUUUUCUUAUGAAAAUUUUAUGAUAAUUUUAUGAUAAUCAUAGUAGUCAUCCUGAUCAAAGUCUCUCCAAAUGAAUCAAAGAAUCUGAUUUGCAGUAUGACUCCUGAUAGAUCUUUCAUAGUAUAACCUUUUUUUAAAGGGCAGUUUAAUCUAGCUUUAUUUUAGCUCAUGGUCUUCAAAUGCACUAUAUGGUUAUCAGGACUCUCCAAAUCAACUCCGUAAAUGAGAGUUGGGUGUAAGGAAUCUUGGCAGUCUGAGAUUUUUCACAUAGUGGCUCUAAGGACCUAGGUAAUUUUCUUUAACUCAAAACUAAUCAGAGAACCUGUUGUCCCAGGACUUUAGAUCUUCUAAAGCAAACUAACCAUGUUGGAAUCUGAUAUUUGGGUAAAAUAUCUCUCCUUGAAAAUUACAAGAUUAGAAGUGCUACAUUUCUUUAAAAUACCUAUAGUUUUAAGUGGAAGGGCUACAGUUUGCACUUGUAAGAGCAAUGUGUAGAAUAUAUCCAUUUAAACCACCCUAAAAAGGAAUCCAUACUUAGUAAAGGAUAUCUUUUUGGGGGGGUUGGGGGGGUUGACUUACAAAUUACUGUGCAGUAACUUUAAGUGUAGAUAAUGCAGAUAUUAUUAAUGAUUCAGCCUAGUAUGUCCAGCUAAGGUUUGUAUAAAUGUAAAUUAGUGUAAGUGGAUAAAGUAAUUCCCUAAUCAAGUUAUUUUUGAAAGGGUUGCAAUACUUUUGGGGGGCUCCAACUAAGCCUCUGUGUGUCUUAUAUUCUGUGUUUUAUUCUAAUUGCACCUUUGUGAUGUGUAUUUAUAAACAGUAUGCAGAAAAUGUUUGUGAAAUUUGGAUUACAGUUGUAGAUUAUGUAUAAUACGUUUUUGAUGUUUUUGUUGUAAAGACAUGAAGGUGCAAUUCAAUGCUCUUUGUUCUAAAAGUUUUCAACAGCCUAUUGGAAUAUUAAGCAUUUCCCUCUGGUUAGUGUUGACUAAACUUUCUUUUUGUACCUAGCCAUUGGCAUCAAAUUGCUGAACAAGACAAAUAUUGGGGGUGGGCAGAGGGUAUCAUUUUCUAGUUCAGUUUACAUCUAAAGGUAGAAAAAUAAAAUUUAUAUUUACUAGACCUGUUCAAUAAAUACAGUUUUCUAUAUUAUAAAGACAAAGUAAGAUAAAUCAGAAAGGAAUAAACAUUUAUACUGUUCUUUAAAAA